UAGCGUGUGUACAGCCGGUCAGCUUCAGGGUGGAUUAGCGGCGAAAACACCUUCAUUCAGCGCCGUGAACCGGCUCACCUGAGACACACGUGAGCGGAACGUGCGGCUGGCGUGAGGCGACGCGUGCCUCUCCGCCUGUCGGUCCGGAAGCGGUGGACACGGCUGGGCGGACUGAGACCGAGACCGAGCUCUGGACCUGAGAGACAGCAGCAGAGCGGACUGUGAGUCACCUGAGGGGCUGCAGCUGUCUGGAUCUGUGGAGGGUGAGUCUACCUCGAAGGACAAACCAGCAGACAAAGAGAGCACUCGGGAGGAUCCGGUGAAGUUUAGCCUGGAGCGAGACGAGUACAGGUGCAAACAGAGACUUUAUUAAAAUGGGGGUUGCAGUCCCUGUGCCUCUCUCUGAUGGACGGCGACUCAUGCUGUGGUCAUGCCGGACGUGAAGGCUCUGCCAUGUGAGUACUCCCCAGCAGGUUCCCCUGCUGGCUCCAGCAUGGACCUGGAGCCCUGCCUCAGCGAGCUGCCGGACCCUCUCUCUGUCCUCAGCUCCCCGUUAUCUGGCUUUCCCCAUCACGGUACCCCUCCCUACACCUCUCUGGAUUCUCCGGCAGGCCGUUGUCCUCCAGGAUGCAACAACAACAACAGCCUUCUCAGCAACCUAGGGCUCAGGUACUGCUCUACCAGCAGCGUGCAACCAAUGAAACAUCCCGAAACUCAAGCAGGGCUCUUGUCUCAUGGCUGCAUGAAUUCCAGCAGCAACCGGCUGUACCGCAGUCUGGAGAACCUGCACUGGAAUUCAGUACCUGACCGAAGCAUGUAUGGCUACAGAAGUGUAGAAAGUGAGUUUAUCCUCCACUGCACCUCCAGCAGUCAGUGGUAUGAUGGGCCUCCUCAGGGAUCACAUGUAUACAACAUGAUGAACUCCCCUGAGAGCAUGCCGUUCUACCCUCGGAGAGGCCUGGUGAGGAAGGACUUGCCUCUGUUCCCUCAGUGGCUGUUUCCUGCCAUGGAGGACUGGGGCAUGAAUGGAAAUGGCAGAAAAGGCCUGCGAGAUAAGCUCCGUCUGCAAAGUACUCGUGUUGCUGAGCCACACAAGCCCCUUCGGCCUCAGCCUUUGCCCAACAACAUCUCGCAUUCUUAUUACGAUCCGGAUGUGGCCUUGCACCAUGGUCGGCCCUCCUCCCCAGGGUUGGCAAACAACCAGAGAGACUUGUGUGCCCGUCGCAUCACCAGCCCAGAGGAGAUCAAGCAAGAGGUUAUGCGGCGUCUGCAGCUGCGUAGGCAGAGAAGCACUCCUAACCUGUCUCUGAGCUCGGCUCAGGAGGGUAACCUCAGCAAGUCUCUUACCUCUGAGCCGGUUAACGGCACUGCCCAAUCAACUCCAGAGAGGAAAAGGCCUCCAAAAGGGCGUCUGCAUAUCCCAACAUUCGAAGAGUUCAAGAGGAUGAGGCAAAGAGAAAGCGUACAAGGACCGGUGCCUUCGACACCCCCACCUGGUGGACGAACAUCUGAAGGACAGUACAAAGAGGGAAGCAUUGGAGAGAAAGCACAGGCAGUGAAAGACAAAUCACAGACAGGGGUUAAGACUGUAACAGAAAUCGGGCAAAGCUGCAUCAUCACUGAAGAUGCAACGCAACCAAGGGGAUCCGGUGAACAGGAACUGACAGAGGGCAGUUGUUCUUCAGAAGUCGCAGAUGGACCCAUCUGUACAGGCCCUGUGCCUCGCUCUCCUCUGCACUCCCAGAACACUGCUGCCACCGCAAGACAAGCACAGGCAGAGGAAGCAACAAGCUCUGCGGCUCCAGAUGCAGGACUUAUCCCCUUUCCUCCCCGCAGGGACGGUGCUGAGGGGGCUUCCAGCUGCUGUCCUGCCAUCCCAUUUAAUGGGACAGGCCUCUCUAGCUAUGGAGCCAAGAUCUACAAGAUGAAGGAAGACCUCCUUGGAUCGGCCCUAGAUCUCAUUAAGAAGAGCUGCAGUGCAGACACCAGCACCGAAGCCUCCGUCAGGCUGUCACAUGACCGGGACGACGGCACUGACAUCAUCACUCCCCAGCCCAGCCGUCAAUCUGCCCAGGUUGCCAUGCCAACGCCGGCCUGCGGAGAAGAGGCUUGCACCGAAGAAGAGCCAGCAGAAUGCGUCUCAGGGACGGGAUGCCGGCGCUCCAGCUCGGACGCAGCCUAUGAACUGGCCGAAUCGGUGAGGGCCCAGCGCGAGUGUCGUCUGCGGCCCCACUACAGCGACCCCAUGCCUGCUGAUGCUGCCAAGCGCAAGCAGCUGGAGAUGAAGAUCGCUGCGGCUGCACGGCUUCACAGUCAGCGCAGGGACAGAGAGAGUGGCGGAUGCACAACCCGGGGGCGCUCUGAGCCCAGAGGGGAGGGCCGGAGUGGAGGGCUGGGUGUAAAUCGCACAGGGCAGCACCGCUGGAGUACGGUCAGCAGUCUGAGUGCGGACAGUGGUGUGGUGGGUCUAAGUGACGAGCGGGAGGAAGAGGAGGAGCCACGCCGGGCCCGUCGCAGUGCUGGGGCGGAGGUGGAGCGAGUGGACAGUGGCAUUGGUCCCGGGCUGGCCAAAGGCUGGAAGAGACCCUCUGCGUCUCUGAAGGCCUGGGACGCCCACCGGCCGUGCCCUGACUGCGGGGACAGAGAGGGUGCUCGGGGAGAGGCUAUGUGUGAACGCUGUUCAAAACUCCGGACUGAGCGCAAAGAGGCCAUUCUGGAGUUUCUGAACACAGAGUCCAGCUACGGGGAGGACCUGCGCAUCAUUAAAGAGGAGUUCUACUGCCCCAUGCAGAGUGCAGGGCUGCUCACGGCCGAACAGCUCACUGUGGUCUUCAGCAACGUGCAGGAGCUUAUUGAUGUGAAUGACAGGUUCACAGAGCACCUGCAGGACAGCAUUGACCAGGCUUUUGAUCAGGGAGAUGAAGAUCUGCUAACUGUAUGCAUCGGAGAAAUCUUCUUGGAGUUUGUGAACAUGCUGCCAGCCUUCCAGACCUACUGCUUACAGCAAUCUGCAUCUGUAAACAUGCUCAACACUCUGGAGAAGGAAAAAGAGCUGCUGAGGAUAUUCCUUGAUGUGUCGCAGAACGACAACACGGCUCUGCGGCGGAUGAACCUACGCUCGUUUCUCAUGGCUCCGCUUCAGCGCGUCACCAAGUACCCGCUGCUGCUGAGCCGCAUCAGCAAAGCCACAAACGAGAGUCACCCCGACCACACUCGCCUCAGGGAGGCCAAGAGUCGUGUGGAGUCGCACCUGGAGCACAUUAACAUGAAGACCAAGCAGGAGGGCACGGCCACGUGGUCCCUGCGCUCCUUCCGCCGCGACAGCCGCAAGAACCGCGAGGUCAUCAACAUCGAGAUGAGAGAGAUGUCUAUGAAGACUGUGGGCUGGGCUAGAGAGAGCACACGCUUCAUCAUGGAGGGCCCUCUGCAGCUCUCACAGCCUGCAGACGGCCAGUGGGUGAAGAAAGGGAGCAAGUCCCUGAAGUUCCAGAACGUUCAGAGUUUGCUGAUGGUGCGCACGUAUCGAAACACGGACGGAGCUCCAGCAGACGGGGUUAAAGGGGAGCAACAAGAGGUCUUCGACCUGGUGCGAGACGGCGUGCUGGUGCUGAUUAAAGAUAAAAGUAGCGGGAAGUUCACUGUGUUGCGAGAGCCCAUCCGCCUGGCCAACUGCGUAGUGUCAUCCGACCCUGACUGUGACGACACCUUUGAGGUGCUGGACAUCCGCCGUGAGGCCUUCGUUUUCCGUGCCUCUGACAAACCACGUACGCAGCAGUGGUUUCGUCAGAUCAAGAGGUAUGCCUGUGAUCUGGGAAUCUGGAGAAAAAGACGCAACGCCCUUCCUAAUAUUAUGAUCAACACAACUCAGAGCCGCUCCUGAGACUGGCUACUACAUCCCACCCUCAGCUGUCAUUUCCCUCAUAUACCUGCUGUAUAUAAUUAAAAACUUCAUUAAAUUGACAGUAUUACAUUAGGGAAGGCUGAUCUGCUACUUCUCGUUCCUGAUGAAAUUCCAUUCUGGGGAUUUACUUUGAUCUACAAAUAGAACUAAAUAUUUGGACAUGAGUGCACUUUCUAGAAUAAAACCUUGACCUUUGCAAAAAGACAAAGGAGAAGAAUGAGAACUUCCAAUGUGAAGUUCCAGCUGUCUUGGGCAGACCAAAAUGAGGAUGUGGUUGGGAAUAUCACUGGCCACUGAUUGUAUAAUAUUU